AAUCUGUCCCUGUCCUCUGCUUGUGUGUUGUGUGGUCUCUGGUGAUUAGUGACUGGUCUACGAUGCAAUCUCACGUGCAACGCCUUGUAGCUAAGGAAGGGUUUGAUCAUUUAAUUUCUCACGACUUUCUUUUCGCAAGGAGGAGAUAAAAAGGCGACUUUACUAGGCCUUAUGGUAUGUAAUUACUUGGGCUUAUGCUAUCUUCCUUUGGGUUUCUUAGAAGGAAACACAUUUUUUCAUUUUUUUCAUCGUCAGCUUCCGGCUUCAGCUGAUAGCUACCAACCUCCCCCCCUCCUCUCUCUCUUCCCCUCCCUCCGACCUUUCAACCCCUUAACCCACAACACAGUCCCUUCUUGGACUCUACCUACCCGUGGGUCUAUACCAUAUAUGCCCUUAUUAAUCCUCCCUUCCUCUUUGUCUUCCUCUGUGACCCAGAAACAAGCUACAUACAAAGUAAACAAUAAAGGUCUCGAGGGAGAGAUAUGGCACUCGAGACAGUGGUGUAUCCCCAAGAUCCUUUUAGUUAUGGCUACAGGGAUUGUUACUCCUUGCCAAUUGGCGGAGCUUGGGGCUAUGAUUUUCAUUUACAAGAAGAAGAUAAAGCUUUUCUUGGGAUUCCUGAAAACAGCUAUAAUAAUAUAGAGCAACAACAUGGUUUCCAUGCAAAUUGGGAUUCUUCAUCUCCUUCCGUGAUGCAACAUGCAAAAGAUCAAUGGGAUCCUAAUUCUUCACCUGAGACUUGCAUUAUUGAUCAACAUCUCCUUCCACCUUCUGGAGUAUUCCAUCCAAUGGUUCCACCGCCCGCCACGGCUGGCCGGCGAAAGCGAAGACGCACCAAGAGUACCAAGAAUAUGGAGGAAAUAGAGAACCAGAGGAUGACUCACAUUGCAGUUGAACGCAACCGCAGGAAACAGAUGAACGAGUAUCUUGCUGUGCUCAGGUCUCUGAUGCCACCUUCCUACGUUCAGAGGGGUGACCAAGCAUCCAUAAUUGGAGGUGCCAUUAAUUUUGUGAAGGAGCUAGAGCAGCUCUUGCAGACCAUGGAGGCCCAUAAAAAGACCAAGCAGGAACCAGCUGAUGUCAGUGGCUUCUCUUCAUCACCAUUUGCUGAGUUCUUCGCCUUCCCACAGUACUCAACUCGAGCUCCGGCCACUGAGGAGGAAUCGGUGGUUGAUCAAAAUCAGUGGUCUAUGGCAGACAUAGAAGUGACCAUGGUGGAGAGCCAUGCCAAUCUUAAAAUACUUUCAAAGAAAAGACCUAGACAGCUCUUGAAGAUGGUAGCAGGUUUGCAAGCCUUAAGGCUCAGUGUUCUCCACCUAAAUGUCACAACCGUUGAUCAAUUGGUUCUCUAUUCAGUUAGUGUCAAGGUUGAGGAAGGUUGCCACCUUAAUACAGUGGAUGAGAUUGCAGCUGCAGUUAAUCAAAUGCUACAUAGGAUUCAUGAAGAGGAAACUGCUUUCAGCCAAAAUUGAAUUGUAACACUAAAUGGGUUUUAAUUCUGUAAUUGAGGCUGUUAAUUGCCUUUCAUAAUGGAUUUCAGUUUUUUGUUUUUUUUUCAGAGAAAGAAAAUCUUUUUCUAGCCUCAA